AUGGACGGCAAAAGUGUCUGUACUCCGCUGCUUGCGGAGUCAGAAGCUCAAAAUAACACUACUAGUACCCCUAACGCGGCUUCUGUCACAGAUGCUGACAAAGUAAUAAACACUAAAAUAGAUAGUACCCAGGUUAAAGGAGACACGAGUGAAGAGGAGCUACUAAAGGCUCUCCUCACCGACGACUACUGCCAUGUGUGUGAGGCUGUGCUGCUCUUUGAAUCUCAGCGGCUGUCCCACUAUGAGGGAAAAAAACACGCUCAGAGACUCAAGGUGUACCUGCAGGCCAAGAGAGGUGAAAAGAUGAACAAAGAGUCCACAGCACCCCAGCGGACCAUGACUACUAAUAAGAACCAUUUCUGUGAGCUGUGUAACAUGGUGUUUAGUUCCCACGUGGUGGCAAGAUCACACUAUGAAGGCAAAGUCCAUGCAAAAAAUCUGCGUAAACAAGGCAUUCAGCCCCCAGUUAUAGACAGGUACACGGAGGUGCGUACUUUACCAAGUCUGACUCGGGAUCCUGAUGAUGCUGACCAGAAAUCAGCCCCAAAAGGUAGCAUGGAGCAUCUUCUGGACCCAACAGCCACCACAACUACCCCCAGCACAGACGUUGAUCUGAAGGACCGUAACAAGUACUGUGCCCUGUGCGCUGCUUCCUUCAACAAUCCCCAAAUGGCUUUGCAGCACUACAAUGGACGCAAACACCAGAGGAAUCAGGCUAGACAGGAGCUGCUCAAAGAGCUCGGAGACGAUGUCCAACAAGCCAACUCCCUGAUGUGUCAGAUGUGUAGCGUGCAAUUUAAUUCUGUGCAGAUGUACCAGGCCCACAUGCAGGGAAACAAACACCAGAUUAGGGAGAAGAAGGUUGUUGACCUGUGCAAAUCCCAACAAAAAGACUACAACACGUUUGCAGAUGAACUGGCAGAUUACAUUCAGGUUCAGAAGGUGCGUGGAAUCAUCCCCAAGGCCAGUCAAGUCCUCCCUCUGGCUGACACUCAAAAAGAGGAUGAGGAAGAAGAAGAAGAGGAGGAAGCAUUAAACAAGGGGGAUAUCAUACAACUGAACAAACCUAUGCCCAACCUCCCUCCCACCUCUAACCCUUCUCAUCACCCCCGCCCCGGUUGUUACUAUCCAGUUGAAGGGUGGCGUCCUCCAUAUGAGGGCCCUGCCUGGCCGUCCCGUGGCUGGGAUUACAACUGCCCUCCUCCAGUCCUCCCAGGCUCAGACUCUCCACUGUUCACUAGUCGGCCCACAAAGAGAAGGAGGCACAGGAAGCAGUCAAGCUCCUCCUCGUAUACUACUUCAUCAUCUUACUCCUCCUCCUAUAGCAGCAGCACAAGUGACAGUGACGACAGUGAAUACAGACGCAGAGGAAAGAGACGGAUUAGAAGAUCCAGGAGGGAAAGAGACAGGAGGGCAAGACAUGAGGACUCAGACAAGGAGGAGAAGAGGAGGAAGCGACGGAGGAGGGAAAGAGAUAAUGACUCAGAGGAGAGGAGAAGAGAGGAAUCUGGAGAGUCAGAGCAAGAGAGGAGGAGAAAAAAGCAAAAAAAUCACGGCGAGCGGAGAAGGCGAGAAAAGAAAUCCCGGGAGGAGGACUCUGAGGCGGAAGGAGGGGAAAGGGUGAUGGACAAUUCAAUGCCAAAAGACACGAUGGGCAAUAGAAAAGAGACUGACGUGCGUAUUCAGGCUGAAAUGAAUGUUGAGCAUGGGGAAGAUGGACAGGACAAGCCAGCCAAACCUAAAUACAGGAAAGAGAAGAAGAAAACAAAGGAGAAAGUAGACACUAGGACAGAGGAGGAGAAGCUGUGGGAUGACUCCAUUCUGGGCUGUUAAACUCAAAAGGCCCUGUUAAACUUUGUCUGUUGAACUGCUGACAUUUAGGCAAAACAUGAAGUUAAGUUAUCAUGAGCAUGACGUUGAAAAACUCAUAAACUGUCUAUGUUAAAAUAAUCUUUAUAGCAGUUAACAAAUUAGUUUUUACUAUCUGCCCUGACAGCCCCAUAGUGUUGUUCUCCAUAGAUGUGCUAGCUGGCUAGCCAUGUUUAGUCAACUUGUAUUUGUAAGGAAUGAAUGAAUUGCAUUUGGAGGGGUUUCUUACACACAUCCACAACUAUAAUAGCUUUAUUUUUCACUAUGACACUUAUUAAUAUCUUAGAUUGAAUUCAUUUGCACAUCUUUAUUAACUGUUGGCUAUAUUAUGUCUUAUUUUUUUGCCUAUCCUUUGGAUUAUCAAGAAGUCCUCUUGACCUCUUAAUACAUCAAUAUGUUGCUGUAUUUUUGCUUCUGGCAAGGACUUGAUAGAUUGUGAUCCCUUUAGCAGCCUGUGGUUGGCACUGUUGAGCUUCAUUCAGAGCAUCAGUAAAGCAAAUAAAAGCCUAUAGAUGUU